AUGAGCAGCUCCGAGGAAGUGUCCUGGAUAUCUUGGUUUUGUGGUCUCAGAGGAAAUGAGUUUUUUUGCGAGGUGGACGAGGAUUACAUCCAGGACAAAUUCAACUUGACCGGAUUGAAUGAACAAGUGCCACAUUACAGACAAGCACUAGACAUGAUUCUAGACCUAGAGCCAGAUGAUGAACUGGAAGAAAACCCCAACCAGAGUGACCUGAUCGAGCAGGCAGCAGAGAUGUUGUAUGGUCUGAUUCAUGCUCGCUACAUCAUGACCAACAGGGGCAUCGCUCAAAUGAUAGAGAAAUGGCAGCAAGGGGACUUUGGAUACUGUCCACGGGUGUAUUGUGAAAAUCAGCCCAUGUUGCCCAUUGGACUCUCCGAUGUUCCAGGCGAGGCUAUGGUCAAACUGUAUUGUCCUAAAUGCCAGGAUGCGUACACGCCCAAGUCAUCACGCCACCACCACACUGACGGGGCCUACUUCGGCACGGGCUUCCCUCACAUGUUGUUUAUGGUGCACCCAGAGUAUCGACCCAAGAGACCAGCCAAUCAGUUUGUGCCCAGGCUGUAUGGCUUUAAAAUCCACGCCCUGGCCUACCAGCUGCAGUAUCAGGCAGCCUCCAACUUUAAGAUGCCCCUGAGGAGUACAGGACACCCCAGCAGUAAACGAUGA